UUGAAUAUUUGAUAUGUUAUAUUGUAGGUGUUAUCAUGGUAUCAAUUGUAGUCUAUUUAUAGACUAUUUUAUUAAUGAAAAAUAAGAAAAUGAAUUAGACUAUGUCUUUGUGGUUUGUAUUCGGCUCAAAUUAGAUUCACUUGUGAAAUGUUUCCGCCCUAAUCGGAGUUCAUUAUCAAUACCAUUUCCAUUCUCAUUUCCACCUUCGUCCACUGUUCAUCAUUUCAUCAGAAAUUGCCCAUCAAUAAAACACCUCCCAAGCACGAUAUAUAUAAGUCUUCCAUUAGUUAGUUCAAAACCUGCAAUCAUGGCAUUAUCAAUUUGUUUCUUUCUUUUCUUGUCCCUCUCCUUCUGGUGUAAUGCAUUAGCAGCAUCUCAUGGACAGCCAUCCACUCCAUUUCUCUUCCCUGUAACCAAAUCAACAGUAGUUCCAAAUCCUCUGCGUUUCUUCUCACCCCGUCUGCUCUCGGCUCCUCUUCCGACCAACUCGUUUUUCCAAAACCUUGUUGUCGGAAAAGGUAACGAACCCGAAUACAUCCACCCAUAUCUCAUCAAAUCUGCCUCCUCCUCUCUUUCCCUUUCCUACCCAUCUCGUUUGUCCAACUCCUCCCUCAUCAGCCAAGUCUUCGUCCCAGAUCUCACCAUCACUUCCUUGAACAAAACCAGCCGAUCUGCCAUUCCAAACACAAGGCAUAGAAUCUCUUCCUACAGUGAUCUCAGUGUCACUUUGGAUCUUCCUUCCAAUAAUCUCCGAUUCUUCCUCGUUCGAGGAAGCCCUUUCUUGACCUCUAGUACUAUCACUCGCAGGACUACACAUCUUUCCAUUUCAACCAUCCAUGCCAUCCUCUCGUUAUCUUCCGAUGAUUCUCUCACCAAACACACUGUCAACCUCAACAACACCCAGACUUGGCUCUUCUAUACUUCAGCGCCUGUAAGUUUCACUCAUAGCAUAUCUCAGAUCAUUUCCUCCGAGUUCUCUGGAGUCAUACGGUUUGCUAUCUUGCCGGAUUCCAAGGAAAAAUACGAGGCAAUACUCGAUAAAUACAGCUCAUGUUAUCCAAUUUCAGGCCAUGUGGAAUUGACUAAGCCCUUUCGUUUGGAGUACAAAUGGAACAGAAAGGGAAAAGGAAAGCUGCUGCUGCUUGCACACCCUCUCCAUAGCCAACUAUUGUCAAGGAACGCUGUCUUAGAGGGUUUCAAGUACAAAAGCAUUGAUGGUGAUCUAGUGGGUGUUAUAGGAGAUUCAUGGGCGUUGAAACUAGAACCAGUUCCAGUGACUUGGCACUCCAUUGGAGGAAUUAAGAGGGAACACUUUCCUGAAAUUGUUUCCACGCUUCGCGAAGAUGUUGAUGCACUGAAUUCAACAACAAUAUCAACAUCAGCAUCAUAUUAUUAUGGCAAAUCAGUCGCAAGAGCAGCGAGGUUGGCAUUGAUUGCAGAGGAAGUGAAGUUUCCCAAGGCAAUUCCACUGGUGGCGAAGUUCUUGAGAAAUGCAAUUCAACCUUGGUUAGAUGGAAACUAUGGUGGCAAUGGGUUUUUGUACGAAAGGCAAUGGGGCGGUCUUGUCACUAAACUAGGAUCCAAUAGUUCCUCUGAGGAUUUUGGGUUUGGAAUAUAUAAUGAUCAUCAUUUUCAUUUGGGGUACUUUGUUUAUGCAAUUGCAGUGCUUGCAAAGAUUGACCCUGCAUGGGGGAGGCAAUAUAAGCCACAAGCUUAUUCGCUCGUGGCAGAUUACAUGAACUUAGGCCUGGGAUCAUCUUCCUACUCGUAUUAUCCUCAGCUUAGAAAUUUUGAUCCCUGGAAAUUACACUCCUGGGCUGCAGGGCUGUUUAAUUUUUCGGAUGGCCGAAAUCAAGAGAGCACUAGUGAAGCAGUGAAUGCAUAUUAUUCUGCUGCAUUGUUGGGAUUGGCCUAUAAAGACAACCAUCUUGAGGGCAUUGGGUCAACACUUGCUGCUUUGGAAAUUCUGUCUGCCCAAACAUGGUGGCAUGUGAGAAAGGACGACGACAUGUAUGGGGAAGAAUUUACCAGGAAGAAUAGGGUGGUGGGCAUUUUGUGGGCUAACAUGAGGGAUACCAAGCUUUGGUUUGCUCCGGCUGAGUGGAAAGCCUGCAGGCUUGGAAUUCAGGUUCUUCCUAUAUCACCAAUCACAGAGAUUUUGUUUCCUGACGCUGGUUUUGUGAGAGAACUUGUUGAGUGGGCAUCCCCGUCUUUGAGCUUGAGUGGAGUGGGAGAAAGCUGGAAAGACUUUGUCUAUGCUUUGAAUGGUAUCUACAACUACACAAGUGCUGUAAACAAUAUCAGGAAGUUGAAGGUACAUGAUGAUGGGAAUUCCCUUUCCAACCUUUUAUGGUGGAUUCACAGUCGAAGGAGGUGAAAAUCUGUCUUUAGAGCCUCAAAACAAUUUCUUAAUUAUCUUUCUCCUCCAGCUUCCCUGGAUUGUUGUACUUGAGUUCAUCAGGUGAAAAAAAUAGGUGUCAGCUUCAUUAUUCAUCAGAUUACUGGUUUAGUCUGUUUAAAUUGGUUGCCUGUAAUGAGAUGGAGUUCAAUAAAA